AAACAUAAAUCAAAAAGUGGGGUUAAUAAAGUUUGUGUUUAUUUUGAAAAAAGGAGUAUUUAUUUCAUAAAAUGAUGGAGAAUAUAAUAGACUCGGAGCAGCAUACCUAUCUUAUGCCCAUUAAAUUGAUCAAGAAUUUGGAGGACAUGAUGCAAUGGGAUAAGUCCGAGGCAUACUUUGAGAUUUUGGGGUUCAUAUACACUUUAAACGAUUCGGUCAGAGGUAAAACAAACAGCGACGCUGGCGAUGGCGCUUCUCAAGAAAUCGAAUCCAUUUGCGGCCUUCUUGAUAUCCUAAACGUCUGGGUCGACGAAAUCCCGCCUAUACAGCAACCGCAACGGUUCGGUAACCAAGCUUUCCGAGAUUGGUACAACAGGCUAAAAGACCAAGCGAUUUCUUUAUUACACAACGUAGUUCCCAGCCAUUUGUUCCGAGCUGUACCGGAGAUAACAGUGUACUUGGUUGAAUCGUUCGGAAAUUCGAUAAGAAUCGAUUACGGCACGGGACACGAAUUGUCGUUCAUUAUGUUCCUAUGCUCGUUCUACAAAAUAGGAUUUUUAAAAUUCUCCGAUCAACCGGCGACCGUUGGCAAAGUAUUCUUAAAGUACCUACAAUUGUGUAGAAAGCUGCAAAAAACUUACAGGAUGGAACCAGCAGGGAGUCACGGUGUGUGGAGCUUGGAUGACUAUCAGUUCAUACCUUUUAUUUGGGGUAGCUCACAGUUUAUUGGAACUGAUAAAUUUGACACGGCUUGUUUUCUAAAGGAUAAUGUCGUGAGGGAAUUCGCUUCGGAAUACAUGUUUCUCAGUUGCAUCCAAUACAUUAACGAAGUGAAAACAGGACCAUUCGCUGAACAUUCUAAUCAAUUGUGGAGCAUCAGCGGCGUAUCGACUUGGUCUAAAAUUAACUCUGGUCUAAUUAAAAUGUACAAAGCAGAAGUACUGUCCAAGUACCCGCUUGUUCAACACAUCUACUUCGGGUCUAUAUUUACAUUAAAUCCUGCUGAACCGGGAGCAAGUGUCAGGAAACCCAAAACAGUCGUAUUAUCUUCUGGGGUACCUUCGACAGAAUUUAAGGAACCCACUCUGGUGAGAGUUUCGAUGCCAGAAAAGGAAAAAGCUCCAGAAAGAGAAGAACCUAUACAUUCCUCUUCAGUGAACAACUAGAGUUUUCGUGUUUUUAUGUUUAAAAUUAAAUUAUUAUUAUGUAAUAUGACUUGUAAAUAAU